CUUUAAGUAUGGCUAUUCCGCAGGACAGUUUUUUUUACUCGAGACUCAGUUUGUAUAAGCUCCUGAAAAGGACCGGCUGAAUCUCAAAGAAAGACGGUUCCUUUUGCGUCGAUCCCGAUCCAGAUUAUUUCUAUAUAUACAUACUAUUACCCCUUUUCAUUUUUCAUUUCAUUCACAAACACAAUCAGUCUUCUUCUUUAACUCAACUUCUAUCUUUCACGUCAACUGUGUUAAAAGGAGACAUGGAGAGAGAGUCAUACGAUCAGGCCAUUGCAGCACUGAGCAAGCUUCUCAGUGAACAAAGCAACCUUCAAGGUGUCGCUGCCGCGAAAAUCAAGCAGAUAACGGCCGAGCUAGAGACGGUCGGGUCGAAGGGGUUCAACCCGUAUACGAGGAUUCAAACCGGGUUCAAUCUGUUUAAGACACAGAAAUACGAGAAGAAUCCCGAUUUGUUUGGUCAACUUGCAAAAGGGCAGAGCCCUAAGUUUAUGGUAUUUGCUUGCUCCGACUCCCGAGUCUGCCCCUCGGUUAUUCUUAAUUUUGAACCAGGGGAGGCAUUCAUGGUUCGUAACAUUGCAAACAUGGUCCCACCUAAUGACAAGAUAAGAUACACCGGAGUGGGCGCGGCCAUUGAGUAUGCGGUGUUCCAUUUGAAGGUGGAGCAUAUUGUGGUUAUCGGGCACAGUUGCUGCGGUGGUAUAAAAGGCCUUAUGUCUAUCCCAGAUGACGGGACCACUACUAGUGAUUUCAUUGAAGACUGGGUGAAAAUCUGUUCACCUGCAAGGUCUAAGGUGAAACAAGAAUGCAAAGAUUUGAAAUUUGAGGAGCAGUGCAAAAACUGUGAAAAGGAGGCUGUGAAUGUAUCUUUAGGGAACCUGUUGACAUAUCCAUUUGUGAGAGACCGCGUGGCGAAGAAGAGCCUGACUUUGAAGGGAGCUUAUUAUGAUUUUGUCAAAGGAAGUUUCGAGCUCUGGGAUCUUGACUUCAAAUUUACACCAACUGCUGCUGCAUAAGCAUUCAGCAUUGGAGUCUCUGCCUAAAUUACUUCAUAUCUUGCAAUGCUCAUUGUAGCUGCCCUCAUGAAUAAUGUUAUGCAAAAAAUAAGAUAGUAGCUGGCGUGUCUUCGCCUUGAAUAAUUGCAUGAUUUUCCCCUUUCAAAUGUAAUUUUGCAUUCAUUCCUUUUAUUCAGACUUCAGUUACUUGUUCGACUAUUUGAGA